CUUCAUCACACCUUUCCCGGCAAAUCAAUACUAUGUCAAAUAACAUUCAACCCACUACCAGCAACACAAAGAUUCUCGUCACCGGGGCAGCAGGAAAUAUCGGAGGUAUCGGUCCCAACAUCAUUGAAACAUUACUUUCGCAAGGAUAUUCUGUUCGCGCUUUUGUGCGGAGACAAGACAAGCGAUCAGACGCCUUGCAAGCCAAGGGCGCUGAGAUCUUCGUUGGAGACCUUACAAAAUCCAUAGAUGUCCUUAAAGCUGUUGAAGGCUGCACUCGCAUCUACUUUGGCAUGAGCUUAUCCGAGUAUUAUCUGGAAGCGUCGCUCAUCAUGGCAGCCGUAGCACGAGAACAGGGCAAUAUCGAAGUGCUGGUCAAUAUCUCACAAAUGACUGUAUCCCAAAUGAGCUUAUCUAAAAUGACAAAUUCACGACAGCAACGACUGCAUUAUCUGUCUGAGCAAGCCUUCAACUGGUCUGGGUUACCCGUAGUACACCUUCGACCUACCGUCUUUAUGGAUAGUCCAUUCUUUAAUCGCUGGGCUGCAAACUCUAUCAUUCAAAGUUCUGAGCUCCGCCUACCGUUUGGCAAAAGUCGAAGCUCACCCAUUGCUGCAAAAGACGUUGCUGCAGUAGCUUCCGUUAUACUUGCGAAUCCAUCAGAUCACAUCGGAAAGAUAUACGAUCUUACUGGCCCAGUCUCACAAGAUUUCCAAGCCAUCGCUGGAGCCUAUUCUGAAGCACUUGAGAAGGAUAUUAAGUAUGUCGAUGUACCAUUUGAUGAAUGGAUCGAACAAGUCCUUGGUAGUACUAGGCUGCCGGCUCAUACAUCAAACCAUCUUCGUGAGAUGGCUCGUUUGCAUUCCGAAAAUCGGUACGAUCGACAGACGGAUUUGGUCAAGAAAAUUACAGGGCGGGAACCAACCACUCUUCAAAUGUUUGUAAGAGAACGUCCUCAAGUGUUUCAAAAUACUGGAGCACGACUUUAGGAUGGUCAAUCCGUCUUUAGGUUAUCGCUGCUGUUCCGCAAUUUAUAUAGAGAUAUUAGUUUGUACUGGAUCAUGCGAUGGCCAUUGUAAAAAAAUAAAGCUGAAGUGCUCAAUAUCUU